GACGUGAGCAGGGAUGAGCACGAUAUCAAACUUUUGGUCUCGCCCUCUGCGUUUCGCAGCUCCUCGAUCCAUCUCGAUCGUCUGCUAAAACCCUAGGGAAGAAUUAGGGAACAGCGCCCCGGUUUGUCUCGGCCCGAUCGUCCCGAAUCUUCGAUCGGUGCUGGUUUUACUGUAUUGAUAUAGAACAUGAGCACCCUUGGACCAUCAAGGCAGGGUUCAAAGAGGCACGCGAGGGAUGGUAUCCACGCUAAGAUGGUUCCGAAUUUGGAUCUGAACUUUCCUCCGGUGGAGUGCCAGCAGUGUGAUGGCACUUCUGGCUCUAGACAUCCACAGAUUUCUCGAGGAACAUCUUUUUCCGCUGUUCCUCAUCCCAGCCCUGCUAGUGAACAGCAGCAAGGGUCCUCUGCACCAUCAAGUGACCGUUCACACAGUGAUUUUAUUGAUCUAGAAUUGAUGGAGGAUGAGGUCGUGACUCUUUCUUCCUCGAGAGGGCUACCCCUGGGGAGGAAUCACUUCAGAAGGAACCAGCCUGUGACAAUGAUCCUAGAGGAAGACCUGGAAACAAAUUUGAGACAACCAGUCAUUAUUGUAGAGGAACAAGUGGCAAAAUCACCUAUGAACACUCGUAAUAAGCGGGCUAGAAGUUCGAUGAGCAGGACAGCUAUUGAUUGUGAUCAUUAUCCUGAUUUGGAAGAGGAGCAUAAUGCCAAGAAUCUUCUCAUGGUAAUAUGAAUCUUGAGAAGCUCCAUUGUUGGAAUAUCAUGUGACAGUUGAUUAAUUGAAGGACUGGAAACUCUAUCAGCAUCAUUUUGGGUGGUUGGUGUUUCUGAUCAAUAUAUUGCAUGGUUGAAGGAAUUUGGUGCAGCAGUAUCAUAGACCAUGUUGAACGAUAAGAGUAGCAUGUUAGAAAGGGUAAUGAGUAGUUGUUUCCCCAGGAAGACACUAGCGUCUCACCCUUUUGCAUUAUUAAAUUUGUAACAUGAUAUGUAUAUAGUUUUGAUUAUCAGUAUCUAAAUGUCUUGUGGCACUUCAAUUGACAUGCAUAGGAUGAGAAGGCCUAGUAUCAUAUCUAGCAUGUGACUCGUAGUUCAUCAAUCUUUUGCUAGUCAUGCAGUCAUGCUGCAAGUACUGAAAUAAUUAAUCGAUUGAGGUAACCUACUUUUGAGUGCUUCAGCAAGUAAGAUUUAAUACAAC